CCGGUAUGAGAGCACUAGUAGUUGUAGUAGUGAGUGUGAGCCCAUGUGUGGGGCAGGAUUUGCACCCUGCUAUCAGUGCCGGCCACCUGUGUGACCCCCCCUCCCUGGACCCUGCAGAUUACCAUCAUGCUGGCUUCUCCCCAUACAGCUUGGAGGAUCCUGCCCUGCUGCUGCUGCCGCACAUGAUGCUGAUGUAUCACAGUGCGAGUUGCGGGACAGCACCCUGGAUGAUCACCGCACAGUGACAGCAGUGGGAGAGAGGGAGACACAGGGGCAGCUAAGGUUCCGUGGCCAGGACACCGGUGUGCCAUGUCUGCCCCCUGCAUACCUCCUGGUCCCCGGACCCACUCAUGGGAUGUGACAUCCUAACGCCUCGGAUCGCUGCCGGGCACCUGGGGGCACUGAGGGCUCAGCCCAGAGUCUCCCUCCUGCUGACUAUGAUCUUCCUCUUCACCUUCUUCUUCUACUGCCUCAGCGGCUCCUGCUGCGACUCUCAGCUCGCCGGCGUGGUGGGACCUUUGCGCGUUGCGCAGCCGGAGGCGCAGGUGCGCCCUGCUUCCAUGGACGUGAUGAGUGACGCUGGGGACUUGCAGCGCCCAGGAUCUGCGCAUCGGGACAAUUUACGCCCAGGAUCUGCGCAUCGGGACAAUUUACGCCCAGGAUCUGCGCAUAGGGACAACUUGCGCCCAGGAUCUGCGCAUGGGAGCAAAUUGCGCCCUGUUUCAUCUAGCUCUGUUAUGGAUGAUAAACAGCCACUGGGCACCUCAGGGAAGGCAAACAGGACCUCGGAGCCUAUAACAUCCCACAGCCCCAGGGCUACACCCUUCCACCACAGUUCCGGGAGCAAGAAGUUCCCCCAGGCAAUCAUUGUGGGGGUAAAGAAGGGAGGAACCCGGGCUCUGCUGGAAUUCCUGAGGAUACAUCCAGAUGUCCGGGCCCUGGGGGCUGAGCCCCACUUCUUUGACAGGUGCUAUGACAAGGGCAUGGAAUGGUACAGGAACCUGAUGCCACGGACAACAGGGGGUCAGAUUACUAUGGAGAAGACGCCAAGUUACUUUGUAACCCUGGAGGCACCAAAACGAAUAUACGACAUGUCCAAGGACACCAAGCUUAUAGUGGUGGUCAGAAAUCCAGUGACCAGGGCUAUCUCUGACUAUACACAGACGCUGUCUAAAACGCCGUCUCUACCCACCUUCCAGGAGCUGGCCUUCAAAAACACCAGCACAGGGAUGAUUGAUACCUCCUGGAGUGCCAUCCGCAUUGGUAUCUACUCAAAGCACUUAGAAAACUGGCUGCAGUACUUCCCUCUCUCAAAAUUCCUUUUUGUCAGUGGUGAGAGACUGGUCAGCGACCCUGCUGGAGAGAUGGGCCGGGUGCAAGACUUUUUGGGUCUAAGGAGGGUUGUGACAGAUAAACAUUUCUUCUUUAAUAAAACCAAGGGCUUCCCAUGCCUGAAGAAGCCAGAGGGAAGAGGCAAACCAAGGUGUUUAGGCAAAUCCAAGGGACGCCCACAUCCUAAUAUAGAGAAGAACCUCCUUCUACGUCUUCAGGAGUUUUAUAGACCGUAUAAUAUGAAGUUCUACCAAAUGACUGGCCACAACUUUGGCUGGGACUGAUGUCUUCCAGGAACAACCCAUAGCACUCACAUCUUUUAUAUACCAGUGUUAAUUGUCCAUUUGGAAUGGGGAAAAAAUUAAUUUGGUUGUGGAAUACAUGAACUGAGAUAGAUGCGAGCUGGGGAAACAUCAAUCAAAAGCCAAAACUCACCAUUCACUAAAGUGGACAAGUACAAAUGAGUAGAACAAACAUUGGACUUUUUUUUAUUUCUAUUGUAAUACGUAUUUAUAUCAGAGUGAACAUUAUAUAUACAUAUGGUGUAGAGACCAAUAUUUCAAGCACAAAUAAUAAAAAGAAAGAAAAAGGGAAAAAUUGCGUGACAUUAAAACUAUUUGUAUUGUAUAUUUCUAUAAAACAAAUGUCUUAUGCAAGCAUUUUUUUACAUGAGACUGUAAUGAUAAACAUGCAAGCUGCUUAGUUAGAACUGGUUUAUAAAUAGAUCACUUUGGGACCUGUGGUUCAAUUGUACAGUAUGUGUCCUUCAGCUACUGAAAAGUCACAUGAUGGGGACAGUGCACGUGUGCAAUAGAAGCUUUUCCCAACGGUCACAUGACUGAGACGCUGAAAUACGAAGUGUAAGCCUUUUCAAAAAUUCACAUGACUGAGAUACUUUCCCAACAGUCACGUGACUUUGAUGCUGCACUGGUACAAAUAAAGCUUUCCCAAUUUUGGAGUCACAUGACUGAGAUGUUCUCCCAACAGUCACAUGACUGAGACGCUCUACAUGUACCAAAAGGGUAUGGGUCGUUGGGUCGACACAACUUAGGUCAACAGUUAUUAGGUUGACCACUAUUGGUUGACAUACAUUAGGUCGACAGGGUCACUAGGUCAACAUGUACUAGGUCGACAUGUCAAACGGUCGACAUGACUUUUUGAACUUUUUUUUUUUGGUGUUGUUUUCUUCGUAAAGUGACAGGGAACCCCAAUUAGUGUACCUUGUCCCCUCGCAUGGAUCGCUUUGCUCGCCAUGCGUAGGGCAAGGUGCCUCGCUCCGCUACCGCCGUGCUCGGCACAGGUUACUAUUCCCAAUCGUAGUCCAUGUGGAUCAUAAAGAAGAGAAUGAAAAAGUCCAAACAUUGUUGUUGUUUUUUUUAAACACGUCGACCUUUGACCUCUCGAUCUAGCACAUGUCGACCUAAUUACCCUGUCGACCAAUGGUGGUCGACCUAAGUUGUGUCGAACUAAUGACCAUACCAAAAAAGCCUAUCGUAAAUUUGGAGUUACACGACUGAGAUACUUUUCCAACGGUCACAUGGCUGAGACGUUAUACAGGCGCAGCAGAAGUUUUUUCCAACAGUCAUGACUGAAAUGCUGCACUGGUCCAACUAAAUACUUUCCCAACUUUGGAAUCACAUGACUGAGAUGCUUUCCCAACGGUCACGUGACUGAGACGCUGCACAUGUACAGUAGAAGUUUUUACCAGCAGUCACAUGACUGAGAUACUCUCCCAGUAGUCACACGAUAGAGACACUGCACUGAUACAGUAGAAGCCUUUGCCAAUAUGGACACUUACUGGAGGUCACAACUGGGAUUCUGGGUACUCCUAUGACUAUGGCACUGUAUGUGGGUAAUAAACUGUUCUCCAAAUUCUGCUUACUGCAGCACAUGUUCAAACUUUUUUUUACUCCUGUAAAGGUUGUUGGGGGGAGGGGGCUGCACAUGCUAAUUUUAUACAUAAGAGGUGCUAUCUUGCUGAGACUUUUAUAGCCACACAGAACAACAACUACAAAUGCAGGUGCACACCCUAAGCACU